GACCAGUCCGCCAGAACUCUGGCGCUUGCUUACACACACUCCACAGUGAUCGUUGUAUAUAUUACGGUGAUCAUCGUUGAUAUACUCAAAGUGCUUGUGUAAAUCCUGAAAAGUGACAAACACAACAUUGCGCCGGCUGCGUUUCAAGGCACGACUGACCUACGUGACCACAUCGAGGUGCUAACACAAAGGGCCUCUAGCGCACGUACCCGAGGCAGCCGACUUCUAAGUUAUUUUUUUAUCAGUAGUCUUUUCACUUCACCUUCAGCAAAUAUCUUAUCGAUCAUCUGUCGAAAAAUUGUUUGAAAUAUACUUCCGAUACCCAGUGUUUCGAUUCAUCGACUUCAACAAACUGUAGUUGCGGUCAAACGAAUGUGAUGAUGAUCUAAUGGAUCAUUAGUUGUAGUAAGAAUGAAAACUCGGAGUGAUAAAGACAAAUUGAAUAUAAAUGCCAAAAGAAAUUUUAAAAAUGUGCUAAAAAUAGAGAAAAAUGGGAUAAAGCAAGACAACCGAAGUGCAAAACCGCAUUCGCCGGUAUUGGGUCCUCGGACUAAACGUUCAGGCGUGGAAGCUGUCAAAAUGCAUUUGGAAGCAACAGGUGGAACUGGCAGAACAUCUAGAUCUGCAACUGCGGUCCGCAAAACAAGCAUCCGGAUGACUGCGAUAAAGGAGUACCCAUUCGAUCUCAGUGACUUAAAGAACCAAAACACCGAAACACGACCCCCAGCGGCGGAUAACGUCAGUGCGAACCCACAACCUCAUCCUGUUAACCGCUCUACCACACCAGACGGCAAAAGAAAAGUUUCCAUAAUGGCUGACGAAAGCAGUAAGGAUCGGGAAAACUUACCUUCGGAGAAUUUAAGGAAUGGCAGAAUAUCAGCUCAGGCGGAAGGGCCUUCGCGCCGGAAAAGCAAUUUACACAAUGCCAUGGCAGCUGAAAUGGAUACAUCCUGGGAUCGACCAGCGCACAUCGAAGGCAGAUAUAAGAAAUACUCAACCACUUCUUCCAUCUAUUCCAAAAAGGCUUUAUCACAUCAAAGCGAACACAUAGAAAGAUCUUGGUGGUACGCCUGUUGCCAAAGGUGUCACACGGACGAUACCAGUAUUCCGUCGUGGGAACCUCCACACUGGCAGAAAAUUUGUCCGUAUCCACUAUGUCCCUCAUACAGAAGAUUCGCUCAAAACCUAGCCGUACUUUUAAUUGGCAUAAUGUCUUGGGUAAUCGUAUGGAUAGUAUUAGGUGACACUGCUGCGCCGGGCGGCCAGCUGUUCAUGUUUGCUGUCCUCACUAUUACUGCGUACUUCGGCGGAUGGCUCAUGGUGAAAGUCACCACGCUACCUGCACUCAUAGGAAUGCUAAUAGUGGGAAUAAUAAUGAAAAACAUUGGCUUUGUGGACUUCGAUCCACAUUAUCAAAAAGUCGCGUCCUAUAUAAGAAAAAUAGCUUUAACAAUAAUUUUAACGCGAGCUGGUCUCGACUUGGAUCCGAAUGCGAUGAAGAAAUUCUUCUGGACUGUACUCAAACUUGCAUUAAUACCAUGGGCUUUUGAAUACGUCUUGUCUACUGUAAUGUGUAAUCUACUUCUUGGACUGCCCUGGGACUGGGCGUUCCUCCUGGGUUCAAUAUUUGCUGCAGUUUCUCCAGCUGUCAUUGUACCUUGUCUCUUCCGCCUACGGGAAAAGGGUUAUGGUGUGUCAAAGGGAAUACCGACUCUGGUGCUGGCCGUGUCUGGAAUCGAUGAUGCUGCCAGUGUUGCUGUGUUUGGAAUUGUGUCAUCGAUCAUGUUCUCACAAUCAUCUCUAACUACAAAUAUUAUUCAAGGUCCACUCAGUAUUAUUGGAGGCGUAGCAUUUGGUUACUUCUGUGGAUAUUUAGUGAAAUACAUUCCAGAACGGAACGAUGCCUUUUUGGUGCCUAUACGAGUACUUCUAUUACUAGUGGGCGGCCUUAUGUCUGUUCUUGGAUCAGAAGAAAUUGGCUGGGGUGGCGCUGGUCCAUUGGCGGUGAUCGCAUUCGCUUACGUCGCUUGCAAGGAAUGGGUGGAGCAAGGAUGGGAUCUCGAAGACAACCCUGCUGCCACGGCGUUCGAAAUCUUCUGGAUGUUCUUCGAGCCUAUGCUUUUCGCUGUUACUGGUGCACAAGUUGUAAUUGCAGAUUUGCCCCCACACUUGGUUUUGGUAGGAUGUGGUAUCAUUGUGACAUGUAUGGUUCUUCGCGCUGUGCUGACAAGUUGCUGUGCUGUGCGCAGUAACCUCAACAUGAGAGAAAAAAUCUUCGUUGGUUUGGCUUGGAUGGCUAAAGCAACUGUUCAAGCCGCUUUAGCACCUGUAGCUCUGGAUGAAGUCAGCAAGAUGACUGGCGUGGAUGAUGAACGGUUAGCCGUGCUAAGAAAUUACGCGGAUAUUGUCAUUACCAUAUGCAUCAUGUCUAUAGUCAUCACUGCGCCACUUGGAGCCAUUGUCAUCACAAUCACAGGACCAAGGCUUCUUUCGAAGACUUCUAAACCGCCUGUAUUGGAAGGAUGGCGCCGUUCACACAGACCUUCAAUCCGAGAUAUCUCAAUCAUCGACGAGGAAGAAGUUGCUGAAAGGGAUGCGGAGUCCGACACCCAAAGCCCAAAUCAAACCCAAACUCCAAGCUCGCCACCAGUCUCACCUUUACCCUCUGCAAUACCAAACGCUAACAGCACACCCAUCACUGUUCAACCAAAUCAUCGCACGUAGCAACCUAACGUCCAAUUUAAUUUAUUACAUUCAUUUUAUAACGUUCAUCGCAUUCUCAUAACUCUAGAUUGGUUUAAUUCUAUUCGUAAAUACAAAAAAUAUUUUAUAUCAAGUUAUUCAUUGUCAAAGGCUCUUAAAGGAAGAUUAAAUGGUGGUGGGUGGGUGAUAAAGUAUUCCUCCUUUUUUUUCAGUAUUUCAUUUCGUAUACGAUGCCGUAUCGAAAGUCGGAACCAUUACCAUUUUCGUAUACGAAAAGAGCAUUUUAUUUUUGACUUAGAUGUUACCGUAGGUAUUCAAUUACAAAAUCGAACAGGCAAAUAAAAUAAGUAGGUAUAGGUAAAAUAAGUCUAACAGUGCGAAUGAAAGCUUUAUAUUAUUGUAUUUAACCCGUCCAUAAGCUUAAAUAAUUCCUUUCACAUUAUUUUUAUUAUCAGAUUUUUU